UGAGGACAUUUCCUGUUGGAUGAAGGCCUCAAAAAAGACAAAAUCACUCAGCAGCCCUGCAGCUACAAAGCUUCAGAAGGACAGAUAUCACCUCCCACCUCAUGAUGCCCUGGCACAGAUCCUACCAGAUUACCAGUACCUCGCAAAGACUGAGCUCCAAAAUGCAACCAAUCAGGAGCAGGAGAGACCCACUCAGAGGGCAGAAGCCACACAGGCCAACAAACCCAACAUAAACCACACAUAUCAAGUUCAUCAGCCACAUAUACGACCCCCUCUGCACAACUUUGAGGAUGAUCCCAACAUGGCAGAGAUCGCCAACCUCCAAACUAAGGAGGUGGAAAACUAUCGCUCAGCCAUGAAUAAGAUGGCAGAAGAUAUCAUAGUGCUGAGGACGCAGUUGGUGACGGUGGAAGCAGAAAACAGCCAGCUCCGCAGUGAUCUGUCUCUGCACCAGCACCUUGGCCCAGAUCUGCUGGAUGACACAGACAUUGACGUCAUGACCAAGGCUGAGAUUUCUGACCACAUAGCCUCUCUGAAAUUCAAACUGGCAAGUGAGACCAGUAAGGCGGCCUCGCAAAGGGACAGGAUCCAACAGCUGCAAAAUGAGCUGAUCAAGAAGAAUGACAGCGAGAAGCAGCUGCUUAAACUUCACAGAGCCCACCAGCAGCAGCAGCAGCAGCAGCAGCAGGAGGAGCAUCUGCAGCACCACCAGAGUCGCUUGGCAAGGAUGGCAACUUUGGAGGCCACAGUCAAACAGCAGGAAAAGGUCAUUGAGAAGAUGGAGAAAGUCUUAGAUGGCAAACUCAGAGAGAAGAACAGACAAAGUGGUGACAAAAGUCUGGCGUUGAAAAAGCACAGAGGUAAAACUGACCGCAGAACAGAAGAAAUAGAGUCGGCCCUGGCAGCAGAAAACUCUCGUCUCAGAGAAGAGCUGGACAGGAUUCGCAGGCAGCCUGCCCCCGUCAUCAUACAGCAGGCAGCGCAGAGAAAGGAAGUACUACCACUCAAGGAAAGACUGAGUUUACUGAAUAAACUAGAGAAGGCGGAGGCAAGAGUCCAAACACUGGAGGCUCAGAUGGAGGAGAACUUUAAAUUGUGGGGGAGACAGAAACAGGAUCUUUUGACCAAACUGAGCGAGCACAGGCACGGCUUCGUCCGAUCAUCCACCACAAUCCUUCAUAAUGUUUCUUCGGAGGGGGUUGUAUCAGAUUCCUUAAAUCAGCAAAGCAUACAGAGGAAGCGGAAACCUGAAAAGUGACCUGCAAAUGAACUACUGGAAAAAAACGUACAAGACAUAUUUCCUGUCAGUUGUAUUGUUUUAUUUAUUUUUUUAGGUAGUUAUUUUUUUUAUAUUUUCACAUAUUAUGGAAUAAAGAUACUGUACAUUCCAGGUUUGUCAGUAUAUUGUACACACACAGACUACACAUUUCCAUUAUUAUUCACUAAGUAAUAUACAAAACACAUAAUUAAUUUGUUCACCAGUUAUGGAUUAUCUGAGGUAACUUGUUCAUGCACAUUUCUUUUUCCUUCCUCGAGUUUUUUUCUUGCUUUCUGUCAGCGAAUCAGGUUGGAAGAUUUUACUCUGUAUUUACAGUAUAUUGUGGUACCUUGUGAAGCCCUUUACAAUUAUGUAUGAUAAAGGAUAACAAAAAUGGG